GUAUUCAGACCCCUUGACUUUUCCCACAUUUUGUUACGUUACAGGCUUAUAUAUAAAAAAAAAGAUUACAUUUUUUUUCCCCCUUAAUCAAUCUACACACAAUACCCCAUAAUGAACUAGUGAAAACUGUUUUUUAGAUAUGUUUGCAAAUGUAUAAAAUAAAACAGAAAUCACAUUUACAUAAGUAUUCAGACCCUUUACUCAGUACUUUGUUGGUGCACCUUUGGCAGCAAUUACAGCCUCAAGUCUUUUUGGGUAGGAUGCUACAAGCUUGAAACACCUGUCUUUGGGGAGUUUCUCCCAUUCUUCUCUACAGAUCUUCUCAAGCUCUGUCAGGUUGAUGGGGAGCGUCGCUACACAGCUAUUUUCAGGUCUCUCCAGAAAUGUUCAAUCAGUUUCAAGUCCGGGUUCUGACUGGGCCACUCAAGGACAUUCAGAGAUGUGUCCCAAAGCCACUCCUGCGUUGCCUUCGCUGUGUGCUUAGGGUCCUGUUGGAAGGUGAAUCUUCUCUCCAGUCUGAUGUCCUGAUCGCUCUGGAGCAGGUUUUCAUCAAGGAUCUCGCUGAAGAUCUUUCCCUCGAUCCUGACUAGUCUCCCAGUCCCUGCCGCUGAAAAACAUCCCCACAGUAUGCUUCACUGUAGGGAUGGUGCCAGGGUUCCUCCAGACGUGACGCUUGGCAAUUCAGGCCAAAGAGUUUAAUCUUGGUUUCAUCAGACCCGAUAAUCUUGUUUCUCAUGGUCUGAGAGUCCUUUAGGUGCCUUUUUGCAAACUCUAAGCGGGCUGUUAUGUGCCUUUUUCUGAGGAGUGGCUUCUGUCUGGCCACCCUACCAUUUAAAGGCCUGAUUGGUGGAGUGCUGCAGAGAUGGUUGUCCUUCUGGAAGGUUCUCCCAUCUCCACAGAAGAACUCUGGAGUUUUGUCAGUGACAAUCAUGUUCUUGGUCACCUCCCUGACCAAGGCCCUUCUCCCCCGAAUACUCAGUUUGUACAGGCAACCAACUCUAGGAAGAUAUUUGGUCGUUCCAAACUUCUUCCAUUUAAGAAUGGCGAGGCCACUGUGUUCUUGCCAACCUUCAAUGCUGCAUGAAUGUUUUCUACCCUUCCCCAGAUCUAUGCCUUGACACAAUCCUGUCUCGGAGCUCUACGGACAAUUCCUUCGACCUCAUGGCUUGGUUUUUGCUCUGACAUGUCAACUGUGGGAUAUAGACAGGGACAAGCUGUUCUUCCUCUCUGUCAUCCAGACUGAGGUUCCUCCGCUAUUUGUCAUUGAGUUCCUGCACCGCGUCGCAGAGAUGAUCCAGGACUACUUUGGGGAGUGUUCGGAGACAGUAGUCAAGGACAACAUGGUGAUGGUGUAUGAGCUGUUGGAGGAGAUGCUUGACAACGGGUUUCCCCUGGCAACCGAAUCUAACGUCCUCAAAGAGAUGAUCAGACCACCCACCAUCCUCCGAUCUGUUGUCAACACACUGACAGGGACCAGUAACGUUGGAGACACGUUGCCAACUGGUCAGCUGUCGACCAUCCCAUGGAGGCGGGCCGGAGUGAAGUACACCAAUAACGAAGCUUACUUUGACGUGGUGGAGGAGAUUGACGCUAUCCUGGACCAAUCAGGUACGACAGUGUUUGCAGAGAUCCAGGGCGUGGUCGAGGCGUGUGUCAAGCUGUCUGGUAUGCCCGACCUCACACUCUCCUUCAUGAAUCCUCGUCUCCUUGACGAUGUGAGUUUCCACCCAUGUGUUCGCUAUAAACGCUGGGAGUCUGAGCGCGUCCUCUCCUUCAUUCCUCCCGAUGGGAACUUCACCCUGAUGACCUAUCACGUCAAUGCACAGAAUCUUGUAGCCAUCCCAGUGUAUGUGAAGCAGAGCAUCAGUUUCUUUGAGAGUGGUUCUGGUGGCCGUCUGGACGUGACCGUUGGACCGAAGCAGACCAUGGGGAAGACGGUCGAAGGGGUAGUGGUCACGGUCCACUUGCCCAAAACUAUCCUCAGCAUCAAUCUGACUGCCACACAGGGCAGUUACACAUAUGACAAUGGUACAAAGUUGUUGGUGUGGGACAUUGGAAAGUUGAACCCACAGAAGCUUCCUAACUUGCGAGGUAGUCUGAGUUUGCAGGCUGGAGCCCCCAAACCAGAGGAGAACCCCAGUCUGAACAUCGACCUGAAGAUACAGCAACUUGCCAUAUCAGGACUGAAGGUGAACAGGCUGGAUAUGUUUGGGGAGAAGUACAAGCCUUUUAAAGGGGUUAAAUACAUCACCAAGGCCGGGAAGUUCCAGGUGCGGACAUGAAGAUUGAAACCUAAAGGUCAUAGGUCAACUAGCCAACGUGCCUAAUGCUCUGGGUCAAAGGUCAACUCUUAGACACGCCAGCUGUCAACUAUUAUGCUCUCUAUUUGUAGUUCAGAGCCGUGAUCGGUCCAUUAUGACAAAUGUCUGAAACUUGUAAAAAGGUUCACAUCACUGCAGACUGUUGUGGCUCUGCAACAGCAAACUAUGAAUUGAGCUUUCUACAUGCCAAGUGUCAACUCUUCUACCUUAUGCCUUUUAUACCCCUAUACUCCCUCUGUAUUAGGGACAGAGCCUGUAUUAAUAACUUGGUUGUUUAUUUAAAUGUUUAUUAUUUGGAUGGAAUGGAGUUGUUGGUCUGCGAAGGGAAUUGUUUUGGACAAUCAACCUAUUAUUUCUCCUGUAUCUGGAAUUAAAUAACUGUGUUCCAGCACAGCCCACCUCUC